ACACACAUGUGCACUGUACAGCUCGUCAGGGAUCAUAAAGCUGCCGUUCACCGCAUGAAAAAACGCAGCAUUCUUUUCGUCCAGAAAGAACGGACCGAUCCGAGCAGCUGACCCGACAGGGGCCCGCAGGGUUUCGACGAGGAAUGCAUUACAUGCCAUUUUUAGCUGCUCAGGAAUUCGUGACUGGAGAAAUACGUUGCUAGUCGUUUUUCUGUCGCCGCACAAAUGGAUAAACUUCGUCAUAUCACCUGAAAAUCUUCGUGUUUUACAGGAAUAAGAUUUAGAAACUGAUUUUUCACGGGUUUUCAACAAAUAAUCUGGAAUUAAGCUUACAGAAGCCCAGAAAAAGGGCUUUAUAUCCAGUCUUAUUGAAGCUGGCCGUGGAGUGAGUUGCUAUUUGGUUGUUUAAUCCACGAUCACCUGAUCACGAUGCCUGAUUUCUACAGAGUCCUCAAUGUUUCCAAGGCCUCCAGUGAUAGUGACAUCAAGAAAGCUUACAGAAAACUUGCAUUGAAAUGGCAUCCCGACAAGAACCCUAACAACAAGAAAGAAGCUGAGAGGAGGUUUAAAGAGAUUGCGGAGGCAUAUGAGAUUCUAUCAGAUAAGAAAAAGAGGGAUGUCUAUGACAGAUAUGGUCUAGAUGGUUUGAAACAGCAGUCUGGAGGAGGACACAAUACAGACUUUGACUUUGACAGCUUUGGAGGUGGCUUCGGCAGCGGAUUUGGAAGGAGGGGAGGAUUCCACUUUGAGUUCAGGAACCCAGACGAUAUCUUCAGGGAAUUCUUUGGAACCAACAACCCUUUCAGUGCCUUCUUUGAAGAAUCAACACGUGGAUCUUACGAUACUCAUGAUGCACUUUUCCAAGAUUCUUUCUUCAACUCUGGUCUACCUUCCUUUGGUUCUCCUAGACUACAUGGUGGUGGAGGGGGAGGUUUCUCCUCAUUUGGCAGUGCAUUUGGAGACUUUGGCAGUGGGUUCACAUCAUUCUCUUCAUCGUCAUCUUUUGGAACCCCUAAUUCUGGAGCCGGUAUGAGGAGAACUUCAACAUCUACUAAGUUCAUCAAUGGCAAGAAAAUUAAAACAACAAAAAUUUACGAAAAUGGACAGGAAACGGAGAUCACGGAGGAAGAUGGAAAAGUAACGUCUAAACUGGUCAACGGGCGACAAGAAAUGCUGACAUACUGAAGGAUCUGAUGCCAACUCAUCAUGCCUUAUACGCAAAUUCAAUCUGAUUCUUGUGUGUGUUUUGUAAGAGAUGAUAUUCGUUUCAACGCAAUUAGACAACGUUAUUUUCGUAUCAUUUUCAAAGUGAUGUCUGUUAUGUCAGUUUUGUAGAAUUAUCAACAUUGUAUGUUUAAACAUACUUUCUUUAUUCUUCCCUUUAAUGUAAAUACAUGCAAGACACAGGGAGACGUUACAAGAAAUAGUUCAAUUCAAGGGUUGUAUUUUGAACAACAAAAUAUGGAUUAUUAUGAUAUGUAAAAAAAAAAACUGUUGCAAUAUGUUUUUUUAAAUAUAAAUGAAACACCUCAAACAUAUGUAUUCCUGAUCUUCACCCUCUCAUUAUUAUGUAUCGAAGGUGUAAGGACAUAUUCUAAGUUAACCCUUAUUAAGGCAGGAUUCAUUCUCGGAGAACCUCAAUGUCACGGCACUUAAGUUUUUUCCUUAUAUCUUCAUAGGCUUGCAUUGAAGAUGAACAGUUGCCACAAGCGUAAAUGCUGGAUCAAAAGAACUUCAGGUGGGAAUCUGUCUUUUGAUGGAGGAGGACUUAAUUACUCAAAUACUGUUGGAUUUUUUGGCCUUGAUUAUUUGCAGUACGAACUUAUUCACUCACUUCUGAGCAUGAAAUAUACAGUUUAAUUCUGCGCGAUCAAAAGAUAGCCUUGAAUUGAUUCCCUUGUGAUUAUAUAUAGCGACUGAAAUAACAAUACACCGUAGGUACAAUGUAACUCAAAUGAUUUCAGAAUCAUUUACUCUGUAUAAAGUAAAGUAGUCAAAGUUUGUAUAAACUCAUGUGUGUGUGUGUUAAUCAUGUUGAUUUGUAUGAUGGAUUGCUUGAACAAUUCUGUUUAUUGUGAAUAGUUGACGAGAUUGAUAUUUAAAUUAUUGUAGUUUUGUAGAUAUUGGAGGAUUUGUUUGUAUCCAAGCUUUGAUUAAAUACUUUACUCGUAAAUUGUAUGUAGAUAUGAUUGUUUAUCUGCUAUAGUCGGGAAAUUGGGAUAUUUCAAGUUGUCAUGAGAAGAAAAACUCCUAUUUUUUAGGUCAACUUUUAAUUUGGUAAACUGUGGAAGUAAAUUAUUUAAUUGCUCUCUGAGACAGCAAAUUCAUUAUCCUCACACUCCCCAUUAAUAUAUGCCUCCUUCAUAUGAUCCAAUUCUUGCCCCACCUAAAAACUUAACAAAUUUCUGUUCUGUUUGAAGAAUGUGUCGCUUCUUUUCUUGUUCAGGUGACAUUCAAGCUGACUUUUGAGUUUAUUCCCUGGAAAUAUCAUUUUUUAGAAGGAUGUUACUUUAAUGUCAAUAGAAUAUCUCUUUCCAGUGGUACUCACGGGACAAAGCAUAUGUAUUUUGCUCAAACUUUUGCUGCUCUGCUCAAUCCCUAUACUAUUAACUACUGUCUUGUGAUUUAUAUUUCAUGUGCUAUAUUCCAGUAUUAGGUUUGUGCUUCAGUAAAAUACAAGUUAUAUUAUAUUUUUAAGUUCAGUAAUACGCAAUGAUAGGUUAUGGUCACAUUACAUACUAUUAGAAUAACAGCAGUAUUUGUAUGACUUUCACUUUCUUUUGUUUCAUAAGCUUAUUCAAAGAAUGAAAGGGAUAUUUUUGUUUUAAUAUGAAGUUAAUUCUUUCAUUUGGAUCACUUUGUUUUCUCAACACUUAGGCAAGUUAUGAAACAUAUCAGAUGAUGAAGUUUUUUAAUAUUUCAUGUUCAGUGUUGGUGUGAAUGUGAAGGCAAAGCUUGUACCAAUUGUAACACAGAACCUGAAAUAAGGGAUGUGCUAUUGUGCGAGUGGUGUUUGUGUUUAGCUCUCAACACCGGUAUCAUACUUUGUAAAUCUGGGUGUAGUUAGGGCUCCAUGGUGGUUAAAAACCUCAUUUACACUCCGAACAUAAACACCAAAGCAAACACUAUUAAAUCACUAUACAGAAACUGAAAGUUUGUAAUUAAUGCAGUGUUUAACACCACUCAGUGUCAAGCUAUAAAGAACACUAUGGGUGUACUUAGUGAAUCUGCAUUAAAGAUUUGAGCUAUUUGUUAGUUAAAAACCUGAUUUACACUCUCAAUACCCAUAAGAACCUUUACACCAAUACAGACUAUCAUUCGCUAUCAUUAACAUUGAGACCAAUACCAAACCUUACAUUAACACCAAUACCAAUACAACAGCACCAACACUACCCAAAAAUUACAAUGUACACAUAGGUAGUCUUAACAAAUGGAAUGUCAUCGGUAUUUUGUAUUAUUGUUAUUAAUGAUUGAUUACUGACUCCAGUGAAGAACCUUUGCUUACCGUUACGUGAAUUUAUUACUAUUCUGGUGAAUUUCAUACUGAAAAAAUGUCUGUCAUACCAAUCUUUAUAUUACUUGAAGACUAUGGCUAUUGAAUUAAUGAAGAGAGAAAAGCUCAAAAUGUUGAUGUCAAGAUGCAGAUGUUUUGCUGCUUUGACAUGGAUCAUACUGGUCGUCAUUGAUCAGGAAUUUAUUAAUUUAGAGAUUUGUCUGUAGGAAAACCAUUCUUACAUUGCAAAUGUACUGAAAUACAUAUAAUUCUGAUAUAUUCACGGUUCUGGGAUUAGUAGUCAUUCUCCAACUGUAACCGUAGUGACAGUCUGUUAUCUGUGCUUUUAAGUCAGUCAAAAUCAAUUUACAUAUGUCAGUGCGAACAUCUUUAUAUAUGUAGAAAUGUGAAGAUAUUGUUAUUUUAUUUGUAUGUGUUGUAAGUUGAUAUUUGUAUGCAGUGCUACAUGUGGGGGAGGGGUGAUAUGCUUCCGAGCAACAGCUAUUUAUUAUGCUUUUAUCACCCCUGACUAGCAUUGUAGCACUGCUCCAUUCUGUAUUGUUUGUUUUUACCAUGUAUAAUGUCAUCUAUGGUUGUAUCCUGAUUUCGUCAAAUGAAUAAUGAUAAUAAUAAUUUGUAGACAUAGACAGGGCACCACAAGUGAUAUUAACUUAGUGUGGAUGUAUGAUGCCAGUUCUCGUAUCAUUUUGGUGAAUUGUAUGUUGAUUUGGUAUACAAUGUUUGUGAGCUUAUCAAUUUUUUUUUCAUGUGAAAUUGUUACAUGUAUGGUCAUGAAAUUUGCUUGGAGUGCAAUCUUGCAGGAAAAUAACCGGAUGUGCAUGAAAUAUGUAUCCAUACCGACUACUCCAUUGCUUUAACUACACUUGAAUCAGUCAAUGAAAAAAUAAUCUGCAAAAUAACACUGACUUUAAUGAAACAUUUUUUUAGGCUGGUUAAAAGGAAUGGUUGUUGUAUUUGAACUUUUUUUGGGUGUACAGGUAGGUAACUGUAAGUCGAAUAUUCACUAAGUCACACAGAUUUCUGAGGUCCAAAAAAGAUUCGACUUUUUAAUAGGCAGAAUUGCCUGUAUUUACAUUCUUUACUUGUUUAAGAAUAUGCCAGCUCAUCUGUUUACUUGGGUGCAUUUUCAUGAAAUUACCUAACAUUCAAAAAGAGGUAUAUGAAUUCUUUUGACUAUAUUAAUACUAACUUUAUUAUGGUUUUAUUAUUUGCUUUUCAAAAUAGAGCUUUCUUUGGAAGUCUAAUUCUUCUGAAAAAAAAAUCAGUUUCAUGAGAGAAACUCUCCUUCCAAUUUACUGGAAAUAUUCAUAUUCAGAAUUAUAGAAGAAAACGUUAAGCCGAGGCCUUAGAAUCUUCUUACAAAAAAAGUUACGAAUUAUUUAUUGUUUGUAUUCAGUAUAGAUAUGUUUAUUUUCUUCUGAUGCCGCUUUUUCUUGAAUUAUCAAGGGCAGAAGGAUCAAUCGUUAAACAAAAUGUUUAUGGACAUUGUAAAUGGUGUGCUAGUCUUACUUUAUAGGAAAAAGGUGGAGAAAGAUAUAUGUAAUCUACAAUUUGUUGUAAUGAAAAAUGUGUCAUUUGGUUUUCUUUCAUGUUACUUCAUUUGACCGAGCUUUUAUGAUGAAUAUGAUGAAUAUACAAAGCGUUUGGAAAUGUUUAUUAUUAAAAGCCAUUCAUAUGAAUCUAGUAUUUGACAUUAUUCGAGCAGGGCAAUAAUUUUUACUAUCGCCCUGGUAAAAGUGAAUAAUUGGUAUACAAAACAAAUAAUAAUUGCACUUUUUUAGGUCUCUGUAAAAAAGUACAUGUAGUAAAUCUGUGGUAUCAAGAUCGCUUCGGGGCAAUAGUUUUUACUAUUGCCCUCAUGAUCAGUCAAUAUUUGAUCCUAUUUAACAUUUCUGUGUUGAAUAGUUAAAAUUCAAUAGUUACCAUUACAUGUGUAUUCAUAAAGACUGCUAUUUCAUCAGUGACAGAUUAGCAUGUUAAUACAUUUUUCUGCAUGUGAAGUAUUUCAAACUACAGUAUGUUUGCAAGAUCUGGGAUGUUCUGUGAGACUCUUAUUAAUAUUGUAGGAUAUAUUCUGUGAGACUCUUAUCAAUAUUGUAGGAUAUAGGAAUAAUAUUCAAGAGUAUAGAGUAACACGACCCUUCACUGAAUAUAUAGAUGUCCAAGUCAAAAUAUGACAUGAGCACUUGUGAUGACUGUACACACAGAAUCAAUGACAUUGGUUUGAUUGGUAGGAGGGAUCAUAUAGCUGCCUUGUUAACAGAAGGUCGUAUGCUUUGUAGCGCCCUCUUGUGUCAGAUUUUAUGUAACUUGCUAUGCAGUAGCUGGUUAUCAUUCAAUCAUCCUCAAACCAUUAUUCAUAACCCUGGUGCAAAACCUAUAUUUUCAUUGAAGGUUGCAAAGCCCUGUGUUUUUUUAUGAAUCAAUUCUUUGUUUAAAUCUUUCAAGUAAAAAAUUAAUGUAGAAUUUCAGACACGUUGGUCGAGGCGUAUUAUCUAUUUUUGAAGAAAGAGAUGAAAAUAUUGCAAUAGUUCACCUCACCCUAUUUUUGUCAAGUUUUCUAACCCCUUUUUUCACAAUAUUUCAUUUGUAAAGAUGGUUUAAUGCUUACGGUAUGCUACUAUGCUUUUCAUUUAUGAUUCUUCAUAGAUUUAUGAAGCUUUUGAAUAAAAACUUCUUUGCCAAGUAAUAAAA